ACGCCGCACCAAACGAUGCGUUACUACAAGUAUAUAAAGAGUGAGCGGGUGAGUGCGUGCUACCCGAGACGGCAGGCAGUGGACGUGGCAGAAGCUUCUAGUAUGGAAUCAUUGAAAGUCCUCGUGGUAUUGGUUGCAGUCAUUCAUUAUUCGCUUUCAAGACCAAGCAACCCUGAUAAUGAGCUACGUGUUAUCGUCAGGGAACUAGAGAAACUCGUGGCCAGGGCAGAUACGGCCACCUUUACCCCACCCCUACCUGGUCCGGGUGCACCGGAUGAUGACGACAGUGAUUCAACCAAUGACGUGGACAAUGAUUUCUCAGAAGAAGAAUACAAAAUGUUGUUUGAAUUGUUCGACAGGCUUCUGAAACCAUACUUCGGCAGUUUCCCCAGUGGAACGUUCACAUCAACAAUGCCACUGACCCGUGAAAGAUUUGUUAUGAUGUUAAAGGACUGGUUCAACAUGAUCGCGGGGAACCCGUCCGAUAUGUCUUUCAAAGAGAUGUUCCUCAACACAACCGGCACUUUCUUGAAUGCUAGAUUCCAGUGUGCAACAUCAAAACUUAACCAAAUGAUUUUUUAUGUUCUGAAGGACCAAGAGCGUAAACUAACUUCGAACGACGAAAAGAGUAUGUACACGACUGUAAAAAGAAUUCUAUCGAAGUAUAUUACGGACGAGUCCACGCUGAAUGACGUCAUGAGGACCAUGGUAAAGGCCGCCCACACACACGUCUUUGGAACCAUGAUGAACAUCAGAUACUUCCCUUUGCAAGAUGUCAUGCAAUUCUUUGGGAGGGUGAGGAUAAUGUUAAGAACAGGUGAGAAGGAAAGCUGGACCAUUACCAGAUUUGAAAAGGAACUAAAGGAGGUCAUGUUCGACAGUAACAUAGAGUUCAGAUGCCCUCGCCUUGGUGAACUAUGGGAAUACCACAGGGAACUUUACAAGGAUUUCCAGGAAAUGUUGAAGGAAGACUUUUUCAAAGAGGCAGAGAUGUGGCUGAAAAAUUAUUUGGCAAAAUAUAUAACGGACCCCGCGCCCGUCAUCGCCGAGAUCCUCCCCUUGUACACCAAGUAUGUUAGAGCAGUGGAAUCGACCUUCAAAGACAUUGACAGCCGCAUGACAACCGAAAACCUCACCACGUUUGUUUCCAAGUUCCUUAGCCCCGACCAGAUGAACUACCUGAAGUCCAUCAUGGAACACCUGAAAACUACGGGUACCGACACUGGGUCACCGGGAAAAAUGGCUGUUUUUCGAUCUUUCGGUGAUGAAGAGGGGCCAGAGGAAGGUGGAGAUUAAGAUGGGGGAUUGAGUUAUCAGGCCUUCACGUUUCCUCAUGAACAUUUGGAAACUAAGUGCACUAUCCGAAAGGAACUUUAAUUGUUAACUUGUAUAUGCCAUUGUUAUGUUUUUGUUUGAAAAAUAAAAGAAUAAAAAUUUUA